CCCCGCCGCCGCCUCCCCCCCCCUCGGACACCCCUUGGCCCCCCCGGGACCCCCAGCUGGCGGCGGCCGAGGUGGGGGUCCUGGCCGUCGUCUUGACCUUGGCCUUGGGGGGCAACGCUUUGGUCUUGCUGGCCUUGUCCCGUCGCCCCGGGGGGGGUCCCCGACCGGCCCCCCCCUUACGCCGCUACCUGCGUCACCUCAGCGUGGCCGACCUGGGGGUGGCGGGGGGGCAGGUGCUCCCCCAGCUCCUCUGGGACGUCACCGACCGCUUCCGGGGGCCCGACGUCCUCUGUCGCCUCACCAAGUACCUCCAAGGGGUGGCCAUGUUCGCCUCGGCCUACGUGGCGGUGGCCAUGGCUUACGACCGCCACCGGGCCAUCUGCAGGCCCCUGGGGGGCCACCGCUUGCGGGGGGGGGGACGUUGGGGCCCCUUGGCCACCGCCUGGACCUUGGCGCUGCUCUUCGGGUUGCCCCAAGUGGGGAUUUUUGGCCAGCGGGAGGUGGGGGCCGGCGAGAAGGACUGUUGGGCCGCCUUCAUCCAACCUUGGGGGGCCCGGGCUUACGUCACCUGGGUGGCGUUGGCCGUUUUGGUGGCCCCGGCGGCGUUGCUGGGGGGGUUGCAGGUGGCGGUGACGCGAGCUUUGGGGACGCGGGGCCAGCGGAGGGGGCUGGGAAGGGCCAGGGCCAAGAGCCACCGGAUGGCCAUGGUGGUGCUGGGGGUCUACGUGGGGUGCUGGGCCCCCUUCUUCUGCGCCCAGCUGUGGGCCGUGUGGGACCCCCGGGCCCCCGUGGAAGGGCCGGCUUUCACCAUCCUGAUGCUGCUGGCCAGCCUGACCAGCUGCACCAACCCCUGGAUCUACGCCGCCUUCAGCACCAGCCUCUCCCGCGCCAUGGCCCGAAUCCUCUGCCCCUGCCGCCGCCCGGCCCGGCCCCCCCCCGCCCCCCCCGCCUCGCACGCCUAGCCCCUCGCACCAGGGCUCGCACCAGGGCUCGCACCAGGGCCACCGGGGCCGGCGCCAGGAUGGACCGCGGGGGCUCACGCGAGGGCCGCGGGGACUCAGGCGAGGACGGACCGCGGGGGCUCGUGGGAGGACGGAGCGAGGGACUCGUGCGAUGACGGGGCACGAGGGCUUGCACGAGGGCUCGCACGAGGGCCACCGAGGCUCAUGUCAGGAUGGACCAUGGGGACUCGUGCGAGGACGGACCACGGGGGCUCGUGGGAGGACGGAGCGAGGGACUCGUGCGAUGACGGGGCACGAGGGCUCGCACCAGGGCUCGCACCAGGGCUCGCACCAGGGCCACCAGGGCCGGCACGAGGAUGGACCGCGGGGGCUCACGCGAGGGCCGCGGGGACUCAGGCGAGGACGGACCACGGGGGCUCGUGGGAGGACGGAGCGAGGGACUCGUGCGAUGACGGGGCACACGAGGGCUCGCACGAGGGCCAGCACGAGGGCCACGGGGGCUGGCGCCAGGAUGGACCACGGGGGUUGGCACGAGGAUGGACCACGGGGACUCAGGCGAAGGUGGACCACGACCCGCAUCCUCUGCCUCCAUCACCGUCCCGCCGCACACGCCCAGCCCCUCGCACGAGGGCUCGCACGAGGGCCACUAGGGCUGGCACGAGGAUGGACCGCGGGGACUCACGCGAGGGCCGUGGGGACUCAGGCGAGGACGGACCACGGGGACUCGUGCGAGGAUGGACCGUGGGGGCUCGUGGGAGGACGGA